AUUGGCAUCACAUAACCUUACAUAUAUUGUUAAUAUGUUUUAUAUUUUAACGUAUAAUUAUUUUUAACAAUAAUAUAAUUUAUUAUAAUACAGUUCUAUUUACAAAAUAAUGUGGUGGUACUUUAUAACAAAGUAAUUUUGUUUUAUUAAAUAAUAUUAACUUAGUAGUGAUUUGUAAAUAAUCAUUAUGAGUCAGGUUAAUAGCAAUGAACGAUCUAGAAAAAGAUACAGAAAAGAUGACGAAGAAGAAAAAAAUACUUUCUCCGACACUGAUGAGGAUUAUGUACCAUAUAUACCUAUUAAAGAACGAAAAAAACAACAGCUUAUUAAACUUGGUAAAAUCAAUCAGUUAAAAGAAGAAAGUGCAAAUGGUGGUAUUGGAAAAAGUAGCAGUGAAAAUGAAAAAGACGACGCAGAUGAUGAUAACGGUCAAGUUUGGGGCCGUAAAUCUAAUAUUUCUCUUUUGGAUCAACAUACAGAAUUAAAAAAAUUAGCAGAAGCUAAGAAAGAAAGCGCUAUGGAAAAACAAUUAAAGGAAGAAGAAAAAAUUUUGGAAAGCGUAGCUGAAAAUAAAGCUUUAAUGGGUGUUGCUGAAUUGGCAAAAGGUAUUCAAUAUGAAGAUCCGAUUAAAACUAGUUGGCACCCUCCAAAAUUAGUACUUCAUCUUGGAGAAGCCAGACAUGAAAGAGUUAGAAAAAAAUUAAGAAUUUUGGUAGAAGGAGACGACGUACCUCCUCCAUUAAAAAGCUUUAAAGAAAUGAAAUUUCACAGAGGUAUCUUGAAUGGUUUAGAACAGAAAGGAAUUACUAAGCCUACUCCAAUACAAGUACAAGGAAUACCUACUGUGCUUUCUGGUCGUGAUAUGAUAGGUAUAGCUUUUACUGGAAGUGGUAAAACAUUAGUAUUUGUUUUACCCAUUAUAAUGUUUUGUUUAGAACAAGAAGUGGGCAUGCCUUUUAUACGAAACGAAGGACCCUAUGGUCUUAUAAUUUGUCCAUCACGAGAAUUAGCAAAACAAACUUAUGACAUUAUUCGGCAUUACACAAAUAGUUUAAGACAAGCUGGUUGUCCUGAUAUACGUAGUUGUUUAGCAAUUGGUGGAGUACCUGUAUCUGAAUCUUUAGAAGUUAUUAAUAAAGGUGUACAUAUAAUGGUAGCUACCCCAGGACGUCUUAUGGAUAUGCUAGACAAAAAAAUGGUUAAAUUAAGUGUAUGCAGAUAUUUAUGUAUGGAUGAAGCAGAUCGUAUGAUAGACAUGGGUUUUGAAGAAGACGUGAGGACAAUUUUUUCUUUCUUCAGAGGCCAAAGACAAACUUUACUAUUCUCCGCAACUAUGCCAAAAAAGAUUCAAAAUUUUGCUCGUUCAGCUUUAGUCAAACCUGUAACAAUAAAUGUUGGCCGUGCAGGUGCUGCUUCAAUGAAUGUUAUACAAGAAGUAGAAUAUGUAAAACAAGAGGCAAAGAUAGUAUACCUUUUGGAAUGUCUUCAAAAAACUCCACCACCUGUACUUAUAUUUGCUGAAAAAAAACAGGAUGUUGAUGCUAUUCAUGAGUAUUUACUUCUAAAAGGUGUAGAAGCUGUAGCAAUACACGGAGGAAAAGAUCAAGAAGAAAGAUCACGUUCGGUUGAAGCGUUUCGCGCUGGCAGAAAAGAUGUAUUAGUUGCGACAGACGUUGCUUCUAAAGGUCUUGAUUUUGCGGACGUUCAGCACGUUAUAAAUUAUGAUAUGCCAGAUGAUGUAGAAAAUUAUGUACAUAGAAUUGGAAGAACUGGAAGAUCAGGGAGAACUGGAAUAGCAACAACAUUUAUUAAUAAAGCAAAUGAUGAAUCUGUCUUACUUGAUCUUAAACAUUUAUUAAUGGAAGCCAAACAGAAAGUACCACCAUUUCUACUUGAACUUUGUUCUGAAAAUGAGAAAUAUCUUAAUUUGGGAGAUGAACGUGGUUGCAGUUAUUGUGGUGGUCUUGGACACAGAAUUACUGAAUGUCCUAAACUGGAAGCUAUUCAAAAUAAACAAGCAUCGAAUAUUGGCCGACGCGACUAUUUGGCCAGUAAUGCAGCUGAUUAUUAAUGUAUAUUCUUCUCUUUUUAUAGUUUAUAAUAAAUAUAGUAUUUUAUUAUUUUAUAU